GUGCUUUCCAAAAGGUGAGAAUUAAGCCCUCUGCGGUUUGGCUGACCUGGAGUUGCCUUCUCCUUAGUCCGCCCAGGAACAGGCGGAGUUCGGGACUGCGGGAUCGGACACAGUAGGACCCCCUGGUUAAGGGCUGUGGUAUUUCUUCCACCAGCCGCUGUCAGUUCUCCGGCAGAGGGGAUCUGAGAGUCAAGAUCCUGAUGCCAUCCUGUGGGUGGUUUCACCGUGACCUGAGUGGGCUGGAAGCUGAAGCCUUACUGAAGGGACGAGGUGUCCAUGGGAGCUUUCUGGCCAGACCCAGUCGGAAGAAUCAGGGGGAUUUUUCUCUUUCAGUCCGGGUUGGUGAUCAGGUAACUCACAUCCGCAUCCAGAACACUGGGGAUUUCUAUGAUCUGUAUGGAGGGGAGAAGUUUGCCACCUUGUCAGAACUGGUGGAGUACUACACGCAGCAACAGGGCUCACUUCAGGACAAAGAUGGAACCAUCAUUGACUUGCGAUACCCGCUUAACUGUUCUGACCCUACUACGGAGAGGUGGUAUCAUGGGCAUCUAUCAGGCUCUGAAGCGGAGUCGCUUCUCCAGGCCAAAGCCACCCCUUGGACCUUUUUGGUGCGGGAGAGCCUCAGCAAACCUGGGGAUUUUGUCUUGUCUGUCCUCACUGACCAGCUUAAACCUGGCUCUGAUGCUUCACCAGCUGGGGCAACCAGUGCUGCAGGAGCUCGGCUCAAAGUCACACACAUCAAGAUCAUGUGUGAGAAUGGACGUUACACAGUUGGAGGUGCUGAAACGUUUGACACCUUGGCAGAUCUGGUGGAGCACUUCAAGAAGACUGGAAUUGAAGAGAUGUCUGGCUCCUUUGUGUACCUGAAGCAGCCCUACUAUGCUACAAGGGUGAAUGCUGCUGACAUUGAGAAUAGAGUGCAGGAGCUGAACAAGAAGAGUCUAUCUGAGGAGGCAUCCAAGGCUGGAUUCUGGGAGGAGUUUGAUAGCCUGCAAAAACAGGAAGCCAAGCAGCUGUUUGACCGCCAUGAGGGUCAGAGGCCUGAAAACAAGAGCAAGAACCGAUACAAGAACAUCUUGCCCUUUGAUCAUUCCAGAGUCAUUCUCCAAGGAAGGGACCCAAAUAUACCCGGAUCUGACUAUAUCAAUGCCAACUAUAUCAAGAACAACCUGGCCAGCCCAGAUGAGUGCACCAAGACCUAUAUCGCCAGCCAGGGCUGCCUGGAUGCCACAGUCAAUGACUUCUGGCAAAUGGUGUGGCAGGAGAACACACGCACUAUUGUGAUGACUACACGGGAGGUAGAAAAAGGACGGAACAAAUGUGUGCCUUACUGGCCAGAGGUGGGCAGCAUGAAGGAAUAUGGUCCCUACCUUGUGGAGAAUGCUGGGGAACAUGAUGCAUUGGAGUACAAACUCCGUCACCUCUGUGUGUGUCCGAAAGAUAACGGUAAGGCUGUGCGUGAGAUCUGGCACUACCAGUACCUGAGCUGGCCUGACCACGGUGUACCCAGCGAUCCAGGAGGAGUGCUCAGUUUCCUUGACCAAAUCAACCAGAAGCAAGAGAGCAUCCCAGAUGCGGGUCCUAUUCUGGUGCAUUGCAGUGCUGGGAUUGGCCGCACUGGGACUAUCAUCAUCAUUGAUAUGAUAGUGGAAACAAUCUCCACCAAGGGGCUGGACUGUGACAUUGACAUCCAGAAGACCAUCCAGAUGGUGAGGGCCCAGCGCUCAGGGAUGGUGCAGACAGAGGCCCAGUACAAGUUCAUCUAUAUGGCUAUCUGCCAGUUCAUAGAGACAACCAAGAAAAAGCUGGAAGUUAUCCAGGCUCAGAAAGGGAAGCCAAAAGAGUCUGAGUAUGGGAACAUUGCCUAUCCCCCUGCAGCAAGGAACGUGCAUGCCAAAGCUUCACGGAAACCCUCCAAGCAGAAAGAGGAGUCAACAGUAUAUGAGAACCUGGGGAAGAAGGAGAAGGCACGGAAGCAGCACUCCUUGGAGAAAAAGCUGAAAGGCUCGCUAAAGAAAAAAUAAGAUAGGUUGCAGCCCUGAACCAGACUGCUUUCCAGCUCAGCUGACUUCGUCCCUUGCCUGUGCAGGCCAGCAGCAUCUCCUGCUGCUCCUUUAUUCUUCAGUAAUGGAAAUAAGACCCCUUCUUCUCCUUACUCUCUGAGCACUGGGGUCUACACUCACCUCUGCUGGGUCAGCUCCAAUGAACUUGAAGAAGAGUGAAGGAAGCUCUUUACAGGAGCUAAAUCUCUGCCCACUGCUGUGAGUUCGAAUUUAGCCUGUUAGUGUUCCCUGAAGCCUCAGCUUUUAAAGUAUAGAGGGUUUGGCCUGUUUCAGCUCAGCAACUCUGCAGUUCAGCAAGAAAUGUCCUUCUCCUUAAUAUCAACCCUCUGCCCUAUAGAAUCUUAGUGGGUUGGGUUGGAAAGGACCUUAAAGUCAUCCAGUUCCAACCCCCUACCAUGGGCAGGGACACCUUUCACGAGUCCAGGUUGGUCCAAGCCCCAUCCAACCUG